UACUUAUGGAUCGCCUGACAACACUGCACCAUCCGCGUCUCUUGAAUUUUGAUCUUUGCAUUGUAAUUGUUGUCUGUUCUGUUGAUUGUCUAAAAUAUAAUUUUAAUUACACGGUAAAUACAGUCGUUGCUAUGCAUUAGGCUAAUUUGUGAUAUAUUUAGUAAUUUAUGAUCUAUCUAAAAGUAUUCAAAUUGUUUUGUCGCCAUUUUCACCUAUGAUUUUGACCAUACCCCUCGAGUAGGUACUUUUAUUUUGUUUGGUCAUCAACUAAUAUUUCGUCUUUGAGUGCCUUUUAGUGAACCUUAAAUGGAUCGACGAUUUCAAGAAAUGAACAGAAAAUGUCCCAGACAAAUAGUACCGUAAAUUUCAUUAUACAUGACGCCAAUGGGCAACCUCAAAUGGUAAAAGUUGCACAAAGUGGAAACAAUCAGUCACUUGCUCUUUAUAAAAUAAAAUCUAACCCCGUAAAAGUGAUAAAGGUGCCAACGACAUUAGAGACUAAUGAUCAGACACCACAGUAUAAAGCUGUAAAACUAAGUGGAAUCAAAUGUGCUUCAAGAUUGCAGCCAAUUUCCAGGGAGAAUUUUGCAGAGUUACAAAGGCUAACACCAAAACUUGAAAUAUCAACAAUCAAACCAAGUCAAAAGCCACAGCUUAAAGAGUUGAAGUAUAUACAUACUGUGCCCGAUUUAAAAUAUCUAGAACAGGAACCAGAUAACCAGGUGUCUAGUGUUAACACAAGUGACAGUUUGACUAAAGUUAUGUCUCACACAUCUAGGAGGAGACAUGAUUCUGAUAAUGAUCCACCAGCAGAGUACACAACCAAAAGACGUAAACAUGCUGACAAAGUUGGUAAAGGUCUUAGACAUUUCUCUAUGAAAGUUUGUGAAAAAGUAAGAACAAAGGGUUUUACUUCAUAUAAUGAAGUAGCUGAUGAAUUAGUUCUGGAAUUUGCUGCUGGAAUGCACGGAUCUGCAGACAGCCAACAAUAUGACCAGAAGAAUAUACGGCGACGAGUUUAUGACGCACUAAAUGUUUUAAUGGCGAUGAACAUUAUAUCAAAGGACAAGAAAGAAAUCAGGUGGCUUGGAUUACCUACAAACAGUGUGCAAGAAUGCACUGCAUUAGAAAAAGAAAAACAAGCAAAACUUGAACAGAUACAAAAGAAAACACAACAGUUACAUGAACUUAUAUUACAGCACAUUUCUUUCAAAAGCCUGAUAGAAAGAAAUAAAGAAGCAGAAUGCAAAGGGGUGAAACCAUCUCCAUCGUCAGCCAUUCAUUUGCCGUUUAUUGUUGUAAACACUAGUGAUAAAGCAUUGAUUGACUGCAGCAUUUCAAAUGAUAAGACAGAAUAUAUGUUUAACUUCAACAAGAGGUUUCAAAUUCACGACGACAUAGAUAUUUUGAAAAGAAUGGGUCUUCUGUUUGGUUUAGAUAAAGGUGAAUGUUCAGAAGAAGAUAUUGAAAGGGCAAAAAAAAUGGUUCCAAAAUCAUUAGAAUCAUAUGUCGAUCAAAUGGGUAGAGGUCUUGAAACAAAGUUAACAAGUAUACUACAAGAAGAAGAAAUGGAUGAAGAAGUUAUAGAGGAUGAAAUGUUAGAAGCUGAGAUCGAGGGAGACGCCGAGGAACAGGAGGGCGAGGCGAACGAAUACAGUGAUGAUAGCAGCGAUGUGGAUGUCUAACCGCCCCGGUGGUUAUGACGUGUAUAAAUGUCGACAAACAACCCAGUAGGCGGUACCUGAGCUGAGCGCGGGAGGCGAAGUUACCCGAUCUACCAAUCGUUGGGUCGAUACGCAGAGGCCACGCGCGCACCCUACCAGGGACUUCUACAAGCGAUGGGUCAAGUUGUUUGACGACAGCUACAAAUAACCUUGCGCCUCUGCUGCUAUGCGCUAUCUUAAAUGUUAAGACAUGUUAUUAUUUCUUUUAUCGGCCUGACAAAAAUAUGGAUCCUUUUUUACAUUAAAUAGAAACCAAAUAAUGGACUUUUGUUAUUACAAUAAUACAUAAAGUUGUUUAUUCAAUUACAAAAACUCUUUUUCCAUAAAAAGUCAGUGCUGAUUUUAAAUCUAGUAUUUUAUCAUAAAAUGACAAAUAUUUUACAUUAUCGAAAUUAAUAAACAACAUGUUUCAUAA